CAGCGCGCAUGUCAGAUGCACUCCCCCACCCCACCCCCAGUCAGCAACGGGCCGUGAGGCGGCGGCGGCGAAGGGGGCGGAGGAAGAGCGCGGCUGGACGCGGUCCCGCACCGCGCGUACGCAGGGCCGCGGGGGGUUCUUUCGCGCCGACUGUAGUAGCAACUGCGUCUGCAGCCGCAGCAGCAGGUUUGUGUAAAGGGCUCUCCAGACGCAGCGCCGCUAGCCCCGGGGCACGAGAGUCAUCGUCAUCAUGAAUUGGAAUAAAGGUGGACCUGGAACCAAGCGGGGGUUUGGCUUUGGAGGUUUUGCCAUCAGUGCUGGGAAGAAGGAGGAAGCCAAGCUGCCGCAGCAGUCCCACAGUGCCUUCGGGGCAGCCAGCUCUUCUUCUGGAUUUGGAAAGUCUGCUCCACCACAGCUUCCCUCUUUCUACAAAAUUGGAUCUAAACGGGCCAACUUUGAUGAAGAAAAUGCUUAUUUCGAGGAUGAAGAAGAAGACUCCAGCAAUGUAGACUUACCUUACAUUCCUGCUGAAAACUCGCCUACCCGCCAGCAGUUCCGAUCCAAGCCAGCAGACUCUGACAGUGACGAUGACCCCUUAGAGGCAUUCAUGGCUGAAGUGGAGGAUCAGGCGGCUAGAGACAUGAAGAGACUUGAGGAAAAGGACAAGGAAAGAAAAAACGUAAAGGGUAUUCGAGAUGACAUUGAAGAGGAAGAUGACCAAGAAGCUUAUUUUCGAUACAUGGCAGAAAACCCAACUGCUGGGGUAGUUCAGGAGGAAGAGGAAGACAAUCUGGAGUAUGAUAGUGAUGGAAAUCCAAUUGCGCCUUCUAAAAAGAUUAUCGAUCCCCUUCCUCCCAUUGAUCAUUCGGAGAUUGACUAUCCACCAUUUGAAAAAAAUUUUUACAAUGAACAUGAGGAGAUAACCAACCUCACUCCACAGCAGCUAAUAGACCUGCGGCAUAAACUCAACCUUCGGGUCUCUGGUGCUGCACCUCCUAGACCAGGAAGUAGUUUUGCUCAUUUUGGGUUUGAUGAACAACUUAUGCAUCAGAUUAGGAAAUCUGAGUACACACAGCCAACUCCAAUACAGUGUCAGGGUGUGCCCGUAGCACUAAGUGGUAGAGACAUGAUUGGUAUUGCUAAAACAGGCAGUGGGAAAACCGCAGCCUUUAUUUGGCCCAUGUUGAUUCACAUAAUGGAUCAGAAGGAGUUGGAACCAGGUGAUGGACCAAUUGCGGUGAUUGUGUGUCCUACUAGGGAGCUUUGUCAACAGAUCCACGCCGAGUGCAAACGUUUUGGGAAAGCAUAUAAUCUUCGAUCAGUGGCAGUAUAUGGAGGAGGGAGCAUGUGGGAGCAGGCCAAGGCCCUUCAGGAAGGGGCAGAGAUUGUUGUGUGUACCCCGGGUCGGCUGAUUGAUCAUGUGAAGAAAAAAGCUACCAAUCUUCAAAGAGUCUCUUACCUUGUGUUUGAUGAGGCUGAUCGAAUGUUCGACAUGGGGUUUGAGUAUCAGGUUCGGUCCAUAGCAAGUCAUGUCCGUCCUGACAGACAAACUCUCUUAUUCAGUGCAACUUUUCGGAAAAAGAUUGAAAAAUUAGCCAGAGACAUCUUGAUUGAUCCUAUCCGAGUGGUACAAGGAGACAUCGGAGAGGCAAAUGAAGACGUAACACAGAUUGUGGAGAUUCUCCAUUCUGGACCUAGUAAAUGGAACUGGCUCACUCGGCGUCUGGUAGAGUUUACUUCUUCCGGGAGCGUCCUCUUGUUUGUUACCAAGAAAGCCAACGCUGAAGAACUGGCCAAUAACCUUAAGCAGGAGGGUCAUAAUCUUGGUCUGCUCCAUGGGGACAUGGAUCAGAGUGAAAGAAACAAGGUCAUUUUAGAUUUUAAGAAAAAAGACAUCCCCGUCCUGGUGGCCACUGACGUUGCAGCCCGUGGUCUGGAUAUUCCUUCAAUUAAGACAGUCAUUAACUAUGAUGUUGCACGAGACAUUGAUACCCAUACUCAUAGGAUUGGCCGAACAGGAAGAGCUGGUGAGAAGGGUGUAGCCUAUACCUUACUGACCCCAAAGGACAGCAAUUUUGCUGGUGACCUUGUACGGAACCUGGAAGGAGCCAACCAACAUGUUUCUAAGGAACUCUUAGAUCUCGCAAUGCAGAACGCCUGGUUUCGGAAGUCACGCUUCAAAGGAGGGAAAGGCAAAAAGCUGAACAUCGGUGGAGGAGGCUUGGGCUAUAGAGAGCGGCCUGGGCUGGGCUCUGAGAAUUCGGACCGAGGAAAUAACAACAACGUAAUGAGCAAUUAUGAAGCCUACAAGCCCUCCACAGGAGCCAUGGGAGAUAGGCUGACAGCAAUGAAAGCAGCUUUCCAGUCCCAGUACAAGAGUCACUUUGUUGCAGCCAGUUUAAGUAAUCAGAAGGCCGGAACCUCUACUGCUGGGGCAAGUGGAUGGACUAGUGCAGGAAGCUUAAAUUCUGUUCCAACUAAUUCAGCACAGCAGGGCCAUAAUAGUCCUGACAAUCCCAUCACCAGUUCUACCAAGAACAUCCCAGGCUUCAACAAUUCUGGGAAUAUCAGUAGUGCCCCAGUGACCUACCCUUCUAUUGGAGCCCAAGGAGUCAACAACACAGCUUCAGGGAGUAACAGCCGUGAAGGGAUUGGGGGUGGCAAUGGGAAGAGAGAGAGAUAUACUGAGAACCGGGGUGGUGGCCGUCAUAGCCAUGGAGACAGUGGCAAUCGACAUGGAGAUGGUGGCCGCCAUGGAGAUGGAUACCGUUACCCAGAAAGCAGUAGCCGUCAUACGGAUGGCCACCGACAUGGAGAGACCAGGCAUGGAGGAAGUGCCAGCAGACAUGGAGAGAGCCGGGGUGCAAAUGAUGGCAGGAAUGGAGAAAGCAGGAAAGAAAGCUUUAAUCGUGAAAACAGGAUGGACCCCAGGGUGGACAGCAGCAGGAUGGACAAAGUGGACAGCAAGACAGAUAAGACACCUGAUGGCUUUGCUGUUCCAGAGCCACCCAAACGCAAGAAAAGCCGAUGGGAUAGUUAGAGGGUAUGUGAAAAUCAGCGUGGUCAGUUGUCUUUCAUUUUAUUUUUAGAAAGAUUUUGGUAAUGAGGUGUCUCAGGGCUGGGUUGGGGUCCAAGAUAUGCAGACCCCCUGCCCUUGGUGGAGAACUGGAGCGUGGAGAUAUUAUACCUUCAUCUGGUGUUCAUUCAGAUGUUUUCCUGGGAACCUGAGUUGGCCCUAGAAAGCAGAGGGCUGGGAAGCUUUCGUUUGCUCUGGGUGAGUUUAAGGAGGGGUAAGUAGGAAAUGCUUAGGGAGAAAGGAAGGGCCUUUUAGGGCACAAAAACUCACUCUAGGUUUAUAAUAGCUUAUAUUUUUUACUAAAAUGUCACCUUAUAAACAUCUAUAAUUGGAUUUUUUUUCUUAGCUGUGGCCAGGCAGUCCCAUAUUUUGGAGUUGGCGUCUACAAACCCAACUUUUGACCUGUUAGGGCUGCUUGGGAGCAGUUUGGUGCUUUCAGAUGUUUGCAGGGAAGAUACCUGAUAACUCAGCUUCCCCAGACUUUGUUUCCAGCCCUGAGACAUGUAGGGAAAGACAGCCUUCCAGACAGACACACACAGGCUUUGAAAUCCUAAGCCAUUAGGACUGAAGGAAUGAUCAUCUUGGAGGGAUUCCAGGAUUAUCCAGGCCUGGAGUACUGCUAAAUUUACCGUUUCAAACCAACCCCAACAGUAGCUUUCAAAGUGUCUAUUUCAUUGUUUUGUUUUUUUUUUUUAACUUGCCCUAAUAGUAGAAAAAGUCUUUUGCUGAAAUGAUUCUGAUUUUUGUUCUAUCUUGUUUAUAAAAGGAAAAGAAAUAUACAAACUUUGAAUUUUGUGAUUUUUGUGAGGUUUCUUUAAGAUGUGCAUUCCCUCUCUGCUUGCUCGAUAGUAAAUGUCUUACUACUGGGACCUGAGGGCUGUCGUUUCUACCAUACAGUUAGUUGCUACAUAUUAAAUUAUGGCUUGGAACAGUACAGCCCAUGAUGUGAAAUGUGGGGAAAUGCUUGCUUAUUAAACUAUCAGAAAAGUUA